UUCUUGGACCGCAUGUUUUCUCUACAUUAUUAUUUUUCUUAGGACUCAGGUUUCACAUCAUACUCUAAAAUCUUCUUAUUCAGACAAAGACAACUAUACUUAUAUACCUCUCUUUAGAGGAAGACCUUCCAAUUUCCAAAGAGAACAAACAACAAAGCAAAACUUUGAACCACUACGUUUCAAAUAGUUAUGGUGGUGGUUCUACUAAACGGCAACGCACGUCGUCACAUUGUUCUUCUGCUAGUUGCAGCAUUGUCUUGCUUCUCUCUAAGGCUCUGUUUCGGUGAAGACAGAAUCACCUUCUCAAAUCCUAUCAAAGACUCAGAGACACUUCUCUGCAACAAUGGUGUUUUCAGGUUCGGUUUCUUCACUCCUGUAAACUCCACUGGUCAUUUACGUUAUGUUGGGAUCUGGUACGAUAAGGUUCCAGUUCAAACCGUGGUUUGGGUUGCUAACAAAGACACCCCUAUCAACAACACUUCUGGUGUUGUUUCAAUCUCUGAAGACGGAAAUCUUGUGGUCAAGGAUGGUCUACACGGGCAUGUAUGGUCGACGAACGUCACAGUAACCGCGGCUCCAAAUGCUACAUGGGUUCAGCUAAUGGAUAAUGGGAAUCUGGUGUUACAAGACAACAGAAAGAUUCUGUGGGAGAGUUUCAAGCAUAACUACAAUACUUUGUUGCCAAGAAUGAAUCUUAUGACCAACCUUAAAACCGGAGAGAAUCUAGGACUUACUUCUUGGAAAAGCUAUGUAGAUCCUUCACCAGGAAGCUACACGGUUAGUCUUGUUCCUUUCCCGUUUCCUGAGCUUCUAAUCAAGUAUAGCAAUGUUACAAAAUGGCGUAGCGGUCCCUGGAACGGUCAGGUUUUCAUCGGUUUGCCGGAUAUGGAUACCCUUCUGAACAUUGAUGGGUUUAACCUUAACAAUGAUAACCAAGGAACGGUUUCAUUGACCUAUGCAAAUGAUUCUUUCAUGUAUCACAUUACCUUGGAUCCUAACGGAGCUAUAUAUCAGAGAGAUUGGAGAACUUCUAUGAAUGAUUGGAGAGUUGGUGUUAGGUUUCCAUCCACAGAUUGUGAUGCAUACAGUACAUGUGGUCCAUAUGGGAUCUGCAAUCCCAGGGAAGAUCCACAGUGUAAAUGUGUAAAAGGGUUUGUGCCAAGGAAUAACACAGAGUGGAGUGCAGGGAAUUGGAUUCAUGGAUGUGUGAGAAGAGCUCCAUUACGGUGUGAAAGACUUAGUACUGGUGUUGGAGGAAAAGGAGAUGGGUUUUUGAAACUGCAGAAGAUGAAAGUACCAGUCAAUGUGGAAUCGUCUCCAGCUGAUGAGGAAGCUUGUCCUAAGGUUUGUUUAGAUAACUGUUCUUGCACUGCUUAUGCAUAUGAUCAAGGAAUCGGAUGCAUGCGUUGGAGUGGUGACUUGGUUGAUAUGCAAUCAUUCUUGGGAAGUGGUAUUGAUCUUUAUAUUCGUCUUGCGCAUUCUGAACUCAAAACACAUAGCAAGCGAGUACUUAUGAUCACAGCACCCGUACUAAGCGUUGCGUUUGUUGCUGCGGUAUGCGUACUUGUAGCAUGCAGGAAAUUCAAAAAGCGUCAAGAACCACAAAAAGAUAGAAGCGCAGAGAUAUUGUUACAGAGAAUGGAAGCACUUGCAAGUGGUAAUGAGCCUACUUCUAACCAAGCAAAUCUCAAGGAGCUUCCUCUGUUUGAGUUUCAAGUGUUGGCUACAGCAACCGAUAACUUCUCUCUGGAAAACAAGCUCGGGCAAGGCGGAUUUGGUCCUGUUUACAAGGGAAUAUUAUCAGAAGGGCAAGAAAUCGCAGUGAAGAGGCUCUCAAGGGCAUCAGGACAAGGACUUGAGGAACUUUUGAACGAAGUAGUUGUGAUUUCGAAGUUGCAACAUAGGAAUCUGGUGAAGUUACUUGGCUGUUGCAUAGAAGGUGAAGAAAGGUUGUUAGUUUAUGAAUACAUGCCAAAGAAAAGCUUGGAUGCCUAUAUAUUUGAUCAACUGAAGAAAAAGAUUCUUGAUUGGAGGACUCGGUUCAACAUAAUGGAAGGGAUUUGCAGAGGUCUUUUGUACCUUCACAGAGAUUCAAGACUAAAGAUCAUACACAGAGAUCUAAAAGCCAGUAACAUUUUGUUAGAUGAGAAUCUGAAUCCUAAGAUAUCUGAUUUCGGACUUGCAAGAGUUAUCCGAGCGAAUGAAGAUGAAGCCAACACAAGAAGAAUUGUUGGAACAUACGGUUAUAUGUCACCAGAAUAUGCAAUGGAAGGUUUAUUUUCAGAAAAGUCAGACGUCUUCAGCUUGGGGGUUAUAUUUCUCCAGAUUAUAAGUGGGAGAAGAAACUCUCACAAGGAAGAUAAUGAUCUAAGCCUUUUAGCUUAUACGUGGAAGCUAUGGAAUGACGGCGAGGCCGCGUCUCUAGUAGAUCCAGUCGUCUUUGAUGAGUGUUUUGAGAAAGAGAUUUCAAAAUGUGUCCAAAUUGGUUUGCUGUGUGUGCAAGAAGUUGCAAACAACAGACCAAAUGUUUCAACCGUGCUCUGGAUGCUAACUACCGAGAACAUGAACCUCCCUAAGCCGAGGCAGCCUGCGUUUAUUGCAAGAAGUGGAGUUUCUGAGGCUGAAUCUUCUAAACAGAGUCAUCAGAACGUCUCUAUCAAUGAUGUGAGCCUCACAGUUAUAUCAGGACGUUAAGCUCACAAGAUCAAUUUGUAUGUUUAUUUAAUAUUACGUUUUUAGAAACUCCUAUCUUUGCAAAUUUUGUUAUCUUGCGCAUAUUUAAUUGUUGGAUUAAAGAAUUAAGAGAUGUAUUGCAGAGAAGUUAUGUUCAGAUUCAUUAAUUACAGAUUUGGUAUUAUUUACCUCAGUUAAAAA